AUGGCUUUUCAGCAGAACGCUCAGCAUUUUGGAAACUACGUGAUGCAGCGGCCGCUCGUCGGGUAUGUUUCGGGUGUCCCACUGGAUAAGAAAACAUGUGACACUUGGAGCGAGAUUUGGAAUUUCCGGGCACACCCUGAGGACACUCUGGUGGCGGCUUUUCCGAAAUCAGGUGUCACAUGGAUGCAGGAGAUUGUUGAUAUGAUCCAUCAGGAAGGAGAUGUUGAGAAAUGUCAACGUGCGCCAACCUAUGACAGACACCCCUUUCUGGAAGUCGUUGCCCCAAAACCCGUCCCUUCAGGGCUGCAGUUAGCAGAGGACAUGGAGCCUCCACGUAUACUAAAAACCCACCUACCGGUUCAGCUUCUGCCUCCGUCAUUCUGGGACCAGGACUGCAAGGUUAUAUACAUAGCCAGGAAUGCUAAAGACUGCAUGGUCUCAUACUAUCACUUCCAGAGGAUGAACAAAGGUCUGCCGGACCCUGAAACAUGGGAAGAUUACUUCUCAGCGUUCCUCACUGGGAAAGUGCUGUGGGGGAGCUGGUUUGACCAUGUCAUUGGUUGGUGGAAAGCUAAAGACCAACAUCAAGUGCUUUACAUCUUCUAUGAGGACAUAACUGAGAAUCCAAGGCGAGAGAUCCAGAGAGUAAUGAGGUUCAUGGGGAAGGAGGUCCUUGGGGAAGUUCUGGAGAAGAUCUACCACCAUACAACCUUCCAGGCUAUGAAGGAAAAUCCGAUGGCCAAUUAUAGCACAAUCCCAUCAUUUGUUAUGGACCAAUCCAUCUCCCCGUUCAUGAGGAAAGGCAUUGUGGGAGACUGGCGGAACCAUUUCACAGUGGCCCAAGACGAAACCUUUGAGAGAGAAUAUAAGAGGAGGAUGGAGGGGACGGACCUGACGUUCCGGGCGCAGCUCUGAGAGUAAAUACCCCCCCGCCACCCGGUACCCAGUACCACCUUAGCUCAUCAGUAAAGCCAUUCUCUGGUGCUGUCCGGCGAGGUAUUGAAUUAUGUUAGAGGAAAUGGUAUGAUAAAUACCAUGCCGUUAGUCACUGACUAUAUAGCGAGUUAUGUCCCUGGGAAAUACAGAUAUAGCAAACUUUACAUUGACAUUUAUUACAUCAUAUGGCAUUGACAUGACACGCUCUAACUGUCCCGGGGGGCUACUGAUUGUGGCUUGUGAUUGGUCACACCCGACAGUGCCAAGCCCCCUUGGCAACCCACUACGGUGUAAGAGUUGUGGAGAUGCCCAAGCUUAAGUUAACCAAGGUUAAUAGGGGACGCUCAAUAACGGAUGGUAGGAGAUUAUACUAGUAGGAGUACAUUUACUAAGAUGGGAGUUCUAGUUAAGAUGGGAUGUUGCCCCUAGCAACCAAUCAUAUUCUACUUCUCAUUUAUCUAGCACCUUCUAGAAGAUAAUACCUGGAGUCUGAUUGGUUGCUAUAGGCAACAUCCCAUCUUAGACAGAACUCUCAUCUUAGUAAAUUUACCCUGUAGUGUUACUCAUGUAGAGACCCAAGCUGCCUGCUGCCCCUAGUGGUGCAUAUUAGUAUUUAUUUUUGAAAACUCAUUUUGUGAUUAGAAAGCUUUUAGAUUAUAUAUUUAU